CCCAGUUUAUUUGGCCUAUUCAAACGCGUUUCUAAAAGAAAAUAGUACACAACUAAUACUCAUCUAAAGGGAAAGCAAAUAUACACUUCACUUUAAAAUUAAACCUAAUCAAAUCAAAAUACGGAACCCUAUGACGCGCCCCUGUAAGAGAAUGGUAUAAUCAAAGAGGCAGGGAAGCGCAGUGAGACACAUCCAGCCUGUGACACAGUAGGAACUUGAGUUUAAUUGCAAGGAUUUACUGUACAGUGGCCAAUAGAAAGGCUGCACAAUGUCCCUGAAGCCUCGGGUGGUGGAUUUUGACGAGACAUGGAACAAGUUGCUAUCAACAAUCAAAGCUGUUGUGAUGCUCGACUAUGUGGAAAGAGCCACGUGGAAUGACCGUUUCUCUGAUAUAUAUGCCUUGUGUGUUGCAUACCCUGAGCCCUUAGGUGAGAGAUUAUACACUGAAACAAAGGUGUUUUUAGAGAAUCAUGUUCGGAAUUUGUACAAGAAAGUCUUGGAGUCGGAAGAGAAGGUUUUAGUCAUGUACCACAGAUACUGGGAAGAAUACAGUAAAGGGGCUGACUACAUGGACUGUUUGUACAGGUAUCUCAACACACAGUUUAUUAAGAAAAAUAAACUGACGGAGGCAGACUUACAGUACGGCUACGGGGGAGUGGACAUGAACGAGCCACUAAUGGAGAUUGGAGAGUUGGCGCUUGAUAUGUGGAGGAAGCUCAUGAUUGAGCCUCUUCAAGCCAUUCUUAUCCGGAUGUUGCUGAAUGAAAUAAAAAAUGACCGUUGUGGUGAGAACCCCAACCAGAAAGUGAUCCACGGGGUCAUUAACUCCUUCGUUCACGUGGAGCAGUACAAGAAGAAGUUUCCACUAAAGUUUUAUCAGGAUCUCUUUGAAGCAGAGUUUGUGACCAAAACAGGAGAGUAUUAUAAACAGGAAGCUUCAAAUUUACUUCAAGAAUCCAACUGUUCACAGUAUAUGGAGAAGGUUUUGGGGCGGUUAAAAGAUGAAGAGAUGCGAUGUCGGAAAUACCUUCAUCCUAGCUCCUAUGCCAAAGUUAUCAAUGAAUGCCAGCAGAGGAUGGUGGCAGACCAUUUGCAGUUCCUCCACGCAGAGUGCCAGAACAUCAUUCGGCAGGAAAAGCGAGACGACAUGGCCAACAUGUACACACUAUUGCGAGCUGUGUCCAACGGUUUGCCUCACAUGAUCCAGGAGUUGCAGGCCCACAUCAACAAUGAGGGCAUUCGUAGCACCAGUAACCUUUCUUUGGAAAACAUGCCUACCCUAUUUGUGGAAUCUGUGCUGGAAGUUCAUAGUAAAUUUGUUCAGCUCAUUAACACAGUUCUGAAUGGAGACCAACAUUUCAUGAGUGCGCUCGAUAAGGCCUUGACAUCUGUGGUAAACUUCAGAGAACCCAAGUCUAUCUGUAAAGCCCCAGAGCUGCUGGCCAAGUACUGUGACAAUCUGCUAAAGAAGUCUGCAAAGGGAAUGACAGAGAAUGAAGUGGAAGACAAGCUGACCAGCUUUAUCACCGUUUUUAAAUACAUAGAUGACAAAGAUAUCUUUCAAAAGUUUUAUGCCAGAAUGCUAGCAAAGCGAUUAAUACACGGUUUAUCGUUGUCAAUGGACUCAGAAGAAGCCAUGAUUAACAAACUAAAGCAAGCAUGUGGCUAUGAGUUCACGAGCAAACUUCAUAGAAUGUACACAGACAUGAGUGUAAGCGCUGACCUCAACAACAAGUUCAACAAUUUCAUCAAGACAGGGGAGACUGUAGUGGACCUUGGUAUCAGCUUCCAGAUAUAUGUACUACAGGCUGGAGCAUGGCCACUCACGCACAUCCCCUCUUCCACAUUCGCCAUCCCACAAGAGCUAGAGAAGAGUGUCCAGAUGUUUGAGUUGUUCUAUAAUCAGCACUUCAGUGGAAGGAAAUUGACCUGGCUACACUACCUCUGCACAGGUGAAGUGAAGCUGAUCUACCUUUCGAAGCCCUACGUCGCAAUGGUCACCACCUAUCAGAUGGCUGUGCUUCUCACAUUCAAUAACAGCCAGACGGUGACAUACAAAGAAUUGCAGGAUGGUACGCAGAUGAACGAGAAAGAGCUACAGAAGACCAUCAAGUCUCUGUUGGAUGUAAAGAUGCUUAACCACAACUCAGAAAAGGAGGAGAUUGAUAUUGAGUCCACGUUUUCUCUGAAUAUGUCUUUCGUAAGUAAAAGAACAAAAUUCAAGAUCACGACUGCAAUUCAGAAGGAUACACCACAGGAGAUGGAACAGACGAGGAGUGCUGUUGAUGAGGACCGCAAAAUGUAUUUACAAGCUGCUAUAGUUAGAAUAAUGAAGGCCCGCAAGGUGCUCAGACAUAAUGCUCUCAUACAGGAGGUCAUCAAUCAGUCCAAAGCCAGGUUCAACCCCAGUAUCAGUAUGAUCAAGAAGUGCAUAGAAGUGCUCAUCGACAAGCAGUACAUCGAGCGAAGCCAAACCUCUUCUGAUGAGUACAGCUAUAUCGCCUAGCGAUGGCGAAAAAGAGCCACACAAACACCCACCUGUGUGCCUGUGGCAGAUGCAGGUGUUAAAAUAUCUUAUAAACAAUAGUAAAACGGACUCAUGCAUCCAUUUUUGGGACUGUCGCUGUCUGGAAGCCCAACAUGGUUUCUCAAGCAGGCCAGGAAAAGCCAGACGACCACAUCCCACUCCACCCACAGUCUGAUUUUUAAGCUGUUUACAACAACACCAGUGCCACGCGCAUCAUUUGCGUGUAAAACGACUCAAAGAGAACGCCUAUAUACGGAAUUUAUUUGUGAGGAAAUGGCAAAAGGACCUUUGAGGUGACUGAAAAUUGAAUCAUUGAUUUAAGACUAAGUGGGGGCAUCAGUGAUGCUUUCAUUGCUACACAUUUUAAAAACAAGCUUCCUUUUCUCACGUUUGCAGUUCUUGUUUGUGUGUGUUAUAUAUUUUUUUUAAAUGUUCUGAUUAGGUCGAAUACUGUAAUAAAACUUAUACUAUUGUAUUUACUUAAAGAUGUAAAACAAAAAGACAACGUUCUUGCUGCUUGUCAAAUUAAUAAAAUCACAAGGUUUUUAUUUAUACGUUGGGCUCAUUGGGUUAUGAAAACGGUUUGCUUUUUACGGUUUAAUAAAUGGGUUUUUAUUUGUGAUAGAACUCCUUCCAUGUUCCCUAGCACUUGUCCUCACUUAUCUUGCAGGCCCCCAUACCAGCUGACUUUGUGUGUCGAGUAGUAUGAAAAGUAUCUGAACCUUUUGGAAUUUCUCACAUUUAUGCAUAAAAUCGCCAUCAAAUGUGAUCUGAGCUUUGUCAAAAUCACACAGAUGAAAAUAGAGUGUCUGCUUUAACUAAAACCACCCAAACAUUUAUUCAUUUGCAUAUUUUAAUGAGGAUAGCAUGCAAACACACAGAAGGGGGAACAAUAAUUAAGUUAACCCUCUGCCUAAGGAGACCUAAAGAGCAAUUGAAACUAAUUUUUUCCAAACAUUUUAAGUCAGGUGUAUGCCCAAUCACUGCUGAGUUCUUUAAAGCUGCCCUGCCAAAUUGAAAACACACACCUGGUAAGGCUUAUCUUGAUGAGAAGCAUUGUCUAAUGUGCUUCAUGGCUGUGUCAAAAGAGCUGUCUGAAGACCUGCGAUCAAGGAUUGUUUUUUGAUUGGAUGAUUGAUUUUCGAGCAGUAAGAACAAAUCAGCAAGAGUAGGGAAAAACAAUAAUACGAGUAGUGUUGAUUAUAACAAAAAUUAGUUACAUACAUACAUACAUACGUAGUUCGAAAAGGAAUGGGAAGAAGUCAAGUUUUUUUUGGGUCCCACCCCCAAUUCACUCCCCAAAAAUUCAAUGUGAAUAGUCAUUUCCCAACAUCAUCAUCAUCGCACUAUCACCACCGCCGCCACUACCACCGCCAUCAUCGUCGUCAUCACCGCCGUCCCCAUAUAUUGAUUGUACAUUCAAACGUCAUAAUUUAUGUAAUAACAGCUUUACUGGUGCUCAUGAUGAUAAUUGUUGAAAUCUGUACAACCUCUAGCAAAAAGUAUGGAAUCAUUAGUGUCGGACGAGCACUCACUCAGACAUUUUAUCAUGUAGAACAAACUCAGAUAAAAAGCUUGAAAAAAUAAUGAAUUACUUGAAAAGUGCAACUCUUUAGCAUUCAGAAACACUAAAAGAAAUGAAUAAAAAAACAUUGUGGUGGUCAGUAAAUUUUACUUUUAUAGGGCAAGUGUAGGGAAAUAUAUAUGGAAUCACUCCAUUCUGAGGAGAAAAAUAUGGAAUCAUAAGAAACAAAUAACAAAACAUAUCUCUAGUAUUUAGCACCACCUUUCAUGACAGCUUGCAGUCUCUGAGGCAUGGACUUGAUGAGUAUUCUUCAUCAAUUUUGUGCCAACUCUCUUUGAUUGCAGUUGCCAGAUUAUCCUUGCAGGUCGGAGCCUUGCUGUGGACAAUUUUUUUCAAUUUUCACCACAGGUUUUCAAUAGGGUUGAGAUCUGGGCUAUUUGCAGGCCAUGACAUUGACUGGAUGAGUCUUUCUCCAAGGAGUGCUUUAACAGUUUUAGCUCUGUGGCAUGAUGGCAUGUCAUUUUGGAAAAUGACAAAAAUAUUUUCAAUUGAAGGGUUAAUAAAGCUGUCCAAAAUUUCAGUGUAAACUUGUGGUGCAUUUAUUGAAGAUUUAACCACAGCCAUCUCCCCAGUGCCUUUGGCUGACAUGCAGCCCCAUAUCAUUAAGGACCAAGGGAUUAAAAAAAAAAAAAAAAACAUUUCAGGCAGUCAUCUUUGUAAAUCUCACUGGAACAGCACCAAUUUGCUGUCAAAGGGUGGGCCACAAAAUUGUCAUUGUUUGCAUACUAUCCUCAUUAAAAUAUGAAAACCUAUAAAUGUUUGGGUGGUUUUAGUUAAAGCACUGUUUUUUCAUUUGUGUGGUUUUGACAACAAUCAGAUCACAUUUGAUGGAGAUUUUAUGCAAAAAUGUGAGAAAUUCCAAAAGGUUCGGAUACUUUUUCAUACCACCGUACAUACUGGCCUGGGCAGCCAAUAAUAAGGGAAGUAUUUUUUGUCCUCGUUUAUUCAUGUACAGUAAUAAUUUAUAGUACAAUAUAAUAACAACAGUUCAUAUAGAUGACGUUGUGCUGAGAAAUAAAAUAUACCAUCGUUUAAAUUUACCCACCUGUCAACAAACUGGUUGAGGCACUCACCUGAAUCAGUUUUACCUGCCUUCUCAGAGCUGUGGGGUAAUUGCAAAGAGGCGCUGUCGUGGCAUGCCCUAUGUUAAAAAAAAAAAAAGGCCGAAAUAGUAUUCCGGGGCUCUGUAUUUUAGGUAGACAAUGAGACUUGAUUGAAUUCCAGAAUUCUCAAAGAGAUCCAGCUUGUCCUCAUCUGAAUUCUUGUUCUCACCGUUGUUAAAAUAAAACUCACUGAGCAGCAUGCAUUGAAAAGUAAUCAAGACUAUAACAUUUGUGGCUGGGAUUUAUGUAUUGGCUCAGAGAACGAGUCAAAUGUUUUGGGUCAGAAAUGGGACCCGAUGGUGGUGGUUCAUUUAAAAAAAAAAAAAAAAACAUGUUUUAUUCCUUUAAACUUGAAGUGAAGUAAUUUCAACAUUAUACACAUUUUAAACGUUGAAGCGCUAAUAAAAUACAGGAAAUAAAUGACAUUUCAAUAAUCAUUCAAUCAAUAUGUAUUGCACACAAGUUAAACAUUUUUGAAAGAUUAAUUGCAGAUGCAAAGGUAUUUCCGUUACGUUUGAACUGUA